AUGUCGGCCUCGCCCUUCGAUCUGCGCAUGCCGCGCCUCGAAGGUCAUCUUAUUCUCAACACCGCCACUCUCUCCGACAGUCCGCAGACCAGCGAUCGCACCGCUUGGUCCGAAAAGUGGUGCAGUCUCGAAGAUGGCUGUCUGCUCGUCUACCACGAUCGCACCGCCGCCAUCGUGAUGCCCGACGAGCCCAUCUGCACCAUCGACCUUCGCUCAUUCGCCCAUGUUCAGCCCGCACCGCCGCAUACAGACGCGCUCUGCAACCUCGUCAUCAGCUGCACUCCGCUCGAGCCUCCCAAGAGCUCCCGGCUUUUCCGCCCAAAGUCAGCCAUGAGCCUCAAUCGGCUCCAGUCCGACAGCGUACCGCGUGACCCUCCCGAUCAGGAGCCUCGUCCCUCCCUCGCGUCGUCUUCGGGGCGUGUAAGCUUUCAGGCACUCAGAUCCGGCGCACACACUCCCGUUGCCAUGUCGACCAACUUUGAGCCUCGCACCCGAACGUCCUCCUCCCACUCGAACUCAUGGGCCAAGCUCAGAUCGGGAUCGCGCAAACUGUAUGCCAAAGUCUCUUCGUCCUCAAGCGCCAGCUUCCGCACCGACAGUCCCGCCGCCUUGGCAUCCUCGGCCUCAAGUGUCGCCUCCAUUGCCGACUCGAGCGAUUUGACCGACAUGACUUCGAGCGGCGCCCCGUCGCCCCGCACUCCGAUCUUGUCCAAUUUCGGCCAAGGCUUAGAGCGUGUCUACCUUCGCACAAUGUCCGAGGAGGACCUCGACAGCUGGCUUGAGGCUUUAUCGCGCUCGAUCAGGCUGCUCCAGGAAGCCGACGGCGUGCCUGUCCAUUUACUCCUACCAAAGAAACGCGUGUCGUCGCGACCUUCGCUCGGCAACCUGCCGGGCUUCCGCACACCUGCAAGCUUGUCCAACAGCCCACUGCUGCCAAGCAUGGAGCAGGGUGCCGCAUCGACGAUCGACGACACAACGCCAAAGCCGACCCGCAAGCGGGUGGCGUCGUCUUCCAGCCUCGGCUUGGCCUUGGCCAGCUCCCGAGCACUUCAGCAAGCCGCCUCAGGUCGUCCCAAGGACGUACAUACCGCAUCGACUCUGCCAAGCUGGACUGCCGAAUCCACAGGUGCGGGCAACGCGCUCCCGAUGGGUCCACCCGAUACCAUGCAGCUGCGCUCGAAUCUCAAGCACAAGAGGUCUAUCUCUACCACCUCGUCCUCUUUAUCUCUCUCGGGAUCAAGCCAAUUCAUGAGCACACGCCGCAACAGCAUCUCGAGCACUCGGCUGCUUUCUUCCAGCGUCUCGGUCACCCGUCCUGCUACCGCUUGUGCUUAUUCAGCGUCUUUUGCUCAGCCGAUGCGGGAGGGUAGCGGAGAAGCUACUACGAGCCGACUCACAGAGCCCUCUAGUGCCGCCACGAUGGCGGCAGAAACCACUGUGCCCACAAGGCACCGUCGGUCAGGCUCGAUCUUGGGGUUCGGCUCGGCGCGCAUCAAGGCGUGGCGAGACAACUCUUCCACUUCUGAAGCUUCAGCGACACAAGCCAGACCGGUGGGGCUGGGUCUCGAGAUGGACGGUCAGGAUCAUGCGCGCGACUCGUCCGAGGCGCAUCGACACGAGCCGUCUAAGGGCCUCAGCAAGCUCAAAUCUUUCCGGCUGUUGCCGAAGGGCACAUCCUCUGUUCAAGAAACAGGGCGUAUGUCUGCAUCGGCGAGCGAGUAUGGCAGCUUUCAAGAUCGGGGUGCUGGCCAUCCGGAUUCGGCAUACGAGACUUCGGCCAAGAAGUCGAGGGGAAUGACGCGCACAUCUUCGUUGCUGAGCCUCACUCGGCAUACGUUCAGCUCGCUGCGGCCAAGGGCGCGGCCGAGCGUCAAGCAGACGUUCGCGUCGAGGAACGCGGACGAAUCGGUGCACGAUGUGCAGGUGGAUGCUUCGAUGCGUGUAGAGCCGGCCGAGGGAGACUUUAGCUACGAGCUUUUAGCACCUGCACAGGCCGACUGCACAGCUGACUCGACGAGUCCCUCUCUUCAGAGCCACUGCGCCGUGGUCGCCAGUUCAAGGACCACCAGUCGUGCCGGCGCGAGACCCUUGCUGGCUCGUGAAGCCUGCGUCGCCGCUCCAGCUGAACUGGCGAGUGACUACUCCGAGAUCAGCCUGAACAGGAUGGACGGAGAUACGAGCGAGUGUCUGGCGACGCCUCCGUUACCGCUGGAGCGCAUUUUGCCGCCGGAGCAGAUGAUUCAUGCGUUUGACCAGCUGCGCGCCGAGGGCGCCGCGCGCAGCAGCCGCAGCAGCAACAGCAACUGGCUGGGGCGCAUGGAGACGCCGACGCGGCGCGGGAGCGUUGACUGGGCCGCUGCGUGUGCGGGGCGAGAGCGGACGCUGCGCGGUGCGGCCUCGCAGACGUUUGCGGUGCGCGGCAGCUCGAUGGAUCUGCAGGCGCUGGCGCGGGCAGGGGCGACGGGGCCGAGAUUGCGCACCUCGACCUCGGCGUGGGACCUGGCAGCGGUGAAGGGUGGUCGUGCGGAGGCGUCGCCGGUUGCAAGGGCCGAGUCGCUCGAGGAGGUGCAGGACGAGAAUGUGCAGUCACUGCCCGCACCGCCGCGUGCGUCGAAGCGUCGUGCGCUCGUCAGCACGGGCGCAGCAGCGUCGCCAAGGCCAAGACCGGCGCCGUUGGGUGAUCGAACCAACGCUCUGCAGGUGGUGGGGCUGCCGGAUGUAGGUGAGCUUUGUAUCGACGAUCGACGGCCGGCAGCACGGGGAAGGCGCGCUCAAGGAGCGGUCACCGCGUAG